AUGGAAACAGUCGACGAGUUCGAAUAUUCGAAAAAAGAUUUAGUUGGCCACGGUGCUUUUGCUAUAGAUCAUACCCCAGUGGCCGUGAAAUGCGUAAGCCGAAAAAACAUAUCGAAGUCGAGGAAUUUAUUGCACAAAGAAAUUGAUAUCUUGAGGGAGCUUAGCGGCUUGAGGAAUGAGAACCUGGUGACUUUGAUUAAGUGUGUGGAGACGGCUUCACAUGUGUAUUUGGUAAUGGAGUAUUGUAAUGCCGGUGAUCUUGGUGAAUAUCUACAAGAUCGGAUGUCUUUACCUGAACGUGCAAUUCAGCAUUUUUUAAUUCAUAUUGCUCACGCAAUCGAAGCUAUAUAUAAAAAAGGCAUUGUACAUAGGGAUCUUAAGCCACAGAAUUUAUUAUUGUCUAAUCCAACCGGGAAACCGUACCCAGACGCGACAGAAUUAACAUUGAAAUUGGCGGAUUUUGGGUUUGCUAGAUUUCUUGAUGGGGGUACCAUGGCUGCUACACUUUGUGGGUCUCCGAUGUAUAUGGCACCUGAAGUAAUCAUGUCACAGCAGUACUGCGCAAAAGCUGAUCUGUGGUCUGUUGGUACCAUUAUCUUCCAGUGUUUAACUGGCCAUGCUCCAUUUCAAGCUGCAACUCCUCCAGCACUCAAACGACUGUACGAAAGGAAUAAAGAACUCAGACCAAGAAUUCCUGCAUAUUGCAGUCCCCUUCUUAAGGACUUAUUAGUCGGGCUGUUGAAGAGAAAUGCCCGAGAUCGAAUAGAUUUUGGUUUGUUGUGUUUGCUCCAACAACAUGCUGCCGACAUACCAACUCGAGGAUCGUUGGCUGAUGUUGAGGGAUUUACAUUUCUUCCGCCUUUGGAUAAUGCUGCAGCUCGUAUUCCGUCAGUAACUACACAUAUGACACAAGCUUCAGCUCAUUCCUCGGGAAAAUCGAGGGUUGAUUUGCCCAGCUUGUCUCCUCUAAAACAAGUCAAGGUUCAUAUCAAUGGAGGGGAGGUUGCUAACAUUCAUGCAGUUCCAGUCCCUAGUCAAAGAACUGCUUUUGCUAAAAUGAUUGAAAAACAACACAGCACCUCAACAACUCCGUCAAAAGAGGAUUCUUUGGAAAAAUCAAAAACUCCGAACAGAGAAAGGACCUGUUCAAUCCCAUCCAUCGAACAGAUGAAUUUACCGCCCAUGCAAUUCGUUGUUCGGAAGCCUAGUCGUUUGCCACAGCGUGAUUCACAAUAUUAUUCGAAACCUCUAUCGUCGUGCACACGUUGGAAUUCUAACAAAGUUACGUCAGAACCCGUCCCUGAAGUUACAUUGCCAGAAGCAGAUGUACGCCUUCCGUUUGCGGAUGUUAAUGUCGCUGUCACGAAUAAAACUAUUCCGAAGUCAUCAACACACGAUGCUCCCUUUUCUACUAAAGAAAGCGCAACUGAAAACCGCCCAGCUUUCUCAAAUCCUUGCUCUUCAAACGCAGUUGAAGAGAAGUCGGUGCCCCCCGUAAAACCGGAAGCCCCGCCGCCUGUUGAUAAUAUAAAAUACCUAUCUAUGUCACCUCCUCAUUCUUCAGCGUCUUUGACAGUUCAUGUAACAACGCGACAGAACCAGCAAAUUUCUACAAGUAGCCUUAGUGACGAUGAUGACGAAGUUGACUUUGAGAGGCCAAUCUAUCUACCCUUUGCUUCAUCAGCAGCUCCUCAGCAAGCAGGUGAUUCUUCAAAUUCACAGUUAAUGGAGAGCGCAGAGAGUAAUAGCCAAAUGAAAGCGGAGGGUACAGAUGAAAAUGUGCUUGAAGAGGUAGUGACGCCCCUGAAUGAAGAAACUAUUAUGAAGCCGGAGCAUCGCCAAGUUCUUGCUAAACUUCGUUUUGUGCUUGAAUUGGUGAAUACAUUGAUUGAUGUUGCCGAAGAAAAGGGAAAACUUUUUAGAUUGGAUCAAAAGAAGCUUCUUACUUUUUGCUUACAGAAAAAUGAGACGUCAGGUGCAUAUCGACGAGCCGAACAAUUGGUUGUUUAUGUCAGAGCUCUACACAUGUUAUCAUCCGCGUUGUUACUGGCACAAAGAGAAGUCUCUGCUGCAACAUUGCAUCCGUCUGCAGCUGUACAGCAGAUUCUAAACCAACUGAAUGAAAAAUAUCAUCACUGUUUGGUGAAUAUUUUAGGAUUGUUAAGAAUUUUUUUUUGUAGAUUAAAUUUUACUUCUAUGCGAUCUCAAGAAUUAGCAUCUUUGGGUAUUCCUAGUGCAGACCCUGCACUGGCAGUCAUAUCUGCGGAAAGGAUCAUGUACCAGCAUGCAAUCGAAUUGUGCCAGACUGCUGCUCUUGAUGAACUUUUUGGACGGGCAGAAUACUGUUCACAAAGAUAUCAAGCAGCGUAUAUCAUGCUUCACACUUUGUCAGAACAAGUCUCGAGCGAAAGUGACAAAAUGAUCCUUUCAAAGUACAAGAAUGCUGUUGAGAAGAGGUUGAAAAUCCUUGAGAAACAAGGAUUGGUACAAUCCUUCACCAAUAACUAA